GUUCAUAAUCAAACCAACCAGCUACAUCCUCGUCUGCGAUUACCAACACCAAGUGUAUUCAAUCGCUGUUCAGCCGUAGCUACUGCUCGGUCCUCAUCACCACUUUUCUCAUGUAUGUCCUUUGGGGUGAGAAUAUGGGGAGAAUCCCACUACCAACACUCAUGAUCUGAGCAUUUUGGAAAAGAUGUUUGCUAUUUAUGAACAUGAAUGGAGAAAAAUUUGAUAAUGAAACAGAAGGUUAUCCUCGUGAGCUUCUGAAGAACAAGUCUGAUUUGACUGAACGCAUUAUCUGUGGUGUGUGUAAUCUCAUUCUGAGAGAUGUAGUCCAACAUGAAUGUGGACAUCGCUUUUGCAGUUCCUGUGCCAAAAAAUUGCAAAGUGACCCGCAGCCCCAAUUUUGUCCAAGAUGUCCUAGUGAUAGCCAGGAAGCUCAUAUAAGAAAUAUUUAUCCUGAUUUUGCUGGACGAAAAGAGAUCCGAUUGCUGAAAGUGAAAUGUCUGAAUUCAAGUUGUCCCUUUGAAGGAAACCUUAAUGAAUACAUCAUUAACCAUCAAGACAUAUGCCCCCAUUCUAAGGUACCAUGCAGAGCCUGUGGCCGACAAAUGAAACGUGUGGAAUUGCAGAAUCAUUAUUUGCGUGAUUGUACAGAGCGUAUAAUAACGUGUCGCUGGUGCAAUGCCGAGUUGGUUCACAAGACCAUGAAGCAACACAAUAGUGUAUGCCCUAAGCUGGAGAUUCUUUGUGAGAUUUGCAAGAAGUCAAAAUUACCAAGAGAAGAGAUGAAGUUACACCAAGAUCCAGAAAAUGGAGACUGCCCUCGGCGUAAAAGAUGUUGCAAAUUUCGAAUGGUUGGCUGUGAGUUCACAGUAAGUAUUAACAUGAACGAAGAAAUGGGUUAUCCUUGUGAGCUUCUGAAAAACAAGUCUGAUUUGACUGAGCGCAUUAUCUGUGGUGUGUGUAAUCUAAUUCUGAAAGACGUAGUCCAACAUGAAUGUGGGCAUCGCUUUUGCAGUCCCUGUGCCCAGAAAUUACAAAGUGAUCCUCAGCCUCAAUUUUGUCCACGAUGUCCUUGUGAUAGCCAGGAAGCUCCCAUAAGGAGAAUUUAUCCAGAUUUUGCCGGACGGAAAGAGAUCCGAUUGCUGAAAGUGAAAUGCCCAAAUUCAAGCUGCCCGUUCGAAGGAAACCUGAAUGAAUACAUUACAAAUCAUCAAGAUAUAUGCCCUCUAGCUAAAGUACCAUGCACAGCCUGUGGCCGACAGAUGAAACGUGUGGAAUUGCAGAAUCACUGUUUGCGUGAUUGUACAGAGCGUACAAUAACGUGUCACUGGUGCAAUGCCAAGUUGGUUCACAAGUCCAUGAAGCAACACAAUAGUGUAUGCCCUAAGCUGGAGAUUCUUUGUGAAAUUUGCAAGAAGUCAAAAUUACCAAGAGAAGAGAUGAAGUUACACCAAGAUCCAGAGAACGGAGACUGCCCUCGGCGUAAAAGAUGUUGCAAAUUUCGAAUGGUUGGCUGUGAGUUCACGGCACCACAGGAGCAGAUGCCAGGGCACUUAAAGAACAAUCAGCAAGAACACCUAAAUUUGAUGAAGGCAGAUUUCAUCAUUGUCCAAAAACAACUAGUGGCUGCUCAAGAAAAAUUAAAAGAUUACCAGUCUAUGGACAUGACAAAUAGUGGAAAGAGUAGUAGUGUUCAUUCUGAUGAAAUAGCUCAGAAGGUUGUACAGGAGUUGAAAAGGAAGGAAGGUAAACUAGAAUUCCCAAAAUUAAAAGAUGAUGUAGAAGUAGAUGCUUUCAAAUCAAGUGACAUGAAUCCUGGUGGGGCUAAAAAUGGUGCGAGAAGGAAAAUAGUCAAUACAAACCAGGGCACCAUUUUAAAAGAAGAUGUUAGUCAUAAAUAUACUGGAUUACAUAGCACCAAUGAGAUUGCUAAGCCGAAAACAUCAACGCAGGAAACAGAGAAGCAUCUGAAAGCAGCUGAACAAGCAUAUUUUUUGAAAGAUGUAACAUUAACAGAGCAUUUUCUUCAAAUUCAAAGCCUGGAAAAUGCUGCGUAUUGUGGGGUACUAGUGUGGAAGAUCAAAAACGUCAGUCAGAAAAGAAGGGAUGCCAUCAGUGGCAAACAUAAUUCACUCUAUUCACCAUACUUCUUUACAAGUCGCUAUGGUUAUCGUGUCUGUUGCAGAAUUCACCUAAAUGGUGAUGGCAUUGGAAAAAAUAAUUAUUUUUCAGCAACCCUUCUCCUACAGUCAUACGACAGUGACCAACCAUUUCCUCACCGAGUGCGGUUUGCACUCUUUAAUCGUGACCAUGUGAGGGAUUUCAUUGGAGGUUAUACCCCUAAUGGCUGCCUCACCUGUGAAACAUCACCUUCAAGUUCAAAUUUACUGAUUAUCAAACCUUGUUGUCCUCGUCUACUUCCACUUGGUCUUUUAAAAGAUUUUGUGGAUUUUUAUGAUGUACUCACAAUUGAGGUACUUGUUGAUUUUCGAAAUAAGGUCCAAUGCUCCAAUGGCGGGUUGUGGGAAGAGCAGCGUCGUAAGUAGCCUAAAUGGGCGUGGUCGUUCGUUGCUCAAAAUAUUUCGAAUGUUGUCCAGGGAGGGAAAACCACCAGAACCUAUGACAAUUUAAGGGUUUCAAAGGCUUAUUUACUAGAGUUAGAAUCUAGUAUAAUGUGUAAAAUAUACAUAUAAUUUUCUUUUUCCCCAGUGGGAGGCCCUUACACAGUGACGGUGCCAGCAGGGGACAGGGGGCCUUAAGUCCCCCACCAGACAGUUCAAGCCCCCCGCCGUACAGAGCUCGUCGGGCAGUCAGACCAUAAAACAUGUAAAAAUAGGCCCACACCAAGCCAACACAUGUCUUUCACAGUCUGAGAGUGCCGAGCCGAUGAUCUCAAGUCCCCCUGUCGGACAACUUAGGGCCCCCCAAAAAAUAUAUCCGAGAGCCGCCAUUGCCAUUACACCCUGUCAACCUUUCGCCUCCACUACCUUAAUCGAUGACAGACACUUGAACUUAAAGACAUUUGAAUACUUAUAAAAUGGUGUUUAAAUUUACACUGAAGAGAGAACUUAACUUCAGUAGAGGGGUUGGAUUAUAUAUCACAAGAUAUAAGACUGUACUAUAAUAUAUUUGUGAUCAGUAUAGUUUAAUUUUAUCAUAUUAAAAUGUGCCUUGCUUUGAUAUAUAAUUAAAACCCAAUAGUCUUGGCAGAAGCAAUGUGAUUAAGAAUGUUGAUUAUAAUCAGUACAAAGUGAUAUUAAAUAUAUUUUAAUUUUAUCAUAUUGAAAUGUGCCUUGCUUUGAUAUAGAAUUAAAACCCACUAGUCUUGGCAGAGGCAAUGUGGUUAAGAAUGUUGAUUAUAAUCAGUACUAAGAAAUAUUUUUCAAACUACACAGUACUGCUCGCACAUUAGUACUGCUACCGCCCAAUGACAUGUGAUACAUAAUCCAACUACGUCUAGAACUUUUUUCCGUCUUCUGAGUUUCUUAAAUAUUCAUUGUAAAUGGUUCUCUGUUGUCUAUGGUAUAUGAAUUAGCAAUUGUAAGGGAUUAUUCUUAUUUUAAUUUAAAUAUUGAUUUGCAAUGUAGUAGAGAUUGAUAAAGUCAAUAAAGGAAGAUUUGAAAGUUCCAUGAAAACUACAACUCCCCUCAAACUCAGUAGCCUCUGUCUGGUUGUUACUUAGUUGUAUGUGGAGAAAUUAAGUGUAGUUAUGGCAACUUAUUUGAUGGGAAUGUACACAUUUAUGUACAGUCAUAUUUUGAAAUUGUCUUGUCUCUGAUGAAAAUAUUUUUCCAGUGUGCUCAAGAAUUUUGCUAAUUAAAACAGUUGUCAUGGAAUAAUCCAUGACAAUAUCUUAAAAUAGCAAAAUAUCUUGAACUUAAUCUUAAAAUGAAUAAGUAAAGUCCAAAUUUUGAGGUGUUAGUAUAGCAUUACUUUGAGGUGUGUGUUUGGCUGCUUGGGUCUGUUUUUAAUUCCUGUGUAGUCACCCGUCUUCUAGAUAACCCUUGCAUUGACAAUUAGGUAGAUUAAGGCAAAUGUUUGUUUCUGCAUGUGUCCGUUAAAUGUUGUAGUUAAGGUGAGGGGCACUGCACUAUUGUAGCCUAAAUUUCUAAAUUGAAUGUUGAAAAAUAUAGAGUAAUUAUUAUUAUUAUUAUUAUUGUUAUUGAAGGCAGUAAAUCUACUUGAAAACUAAGAAGAUUCAGUAAUUUAAUUCACUGAAUUUUUUUCAGUUUCUCAACUCUCUCUGUACUAAGUACCUUGAAGGGGUGAGAGAGCUUAAGGGCAUAUUCACAUUUGCAACAAUAAACAUGUUCAUAACGUGCUCUAUCAAUGCAAAAUAAACAAACAACAAAUUAAAAUGGGGAGCUGGGGUGAUAUUACAAUUAAUUUUUAUUGUGGAAGUUUAAGAAAAUCCCUAAAAUUUAUAAUUUUAAAAGGAAAAAUAAAUACCAAAAUUGAAAUAUACUUAAUGCAUUCUGUAAAUGCUCUGUUGUAGAAAAUAUGAUAUAACGAUGAUAAAUAGUAAUGAGAGGUUAAGAAAUAUACGCAACACCCUUUUCUACCCUUGUAAUUGUGUUCGGUGUCAAGCAGUGAAUAUUAAAUAACUUAGUCCAAAACUAACAAUAUAUAAUCAACAUUAAAGGCGCGACACUACAAGUUUCUGUCUUGUUAUCCUAGGAAGUUUACUAUAAUAAAGUACCCCAAACAUUGAUAGAGCAUCUGAUAAUUCUAUACUAACUACGCAGUCCUGACCCGACUAAUGUAUUAUAUAAGCAAAAAUACAAAUGAAUGUGUCUGAACUAAAACUUAGUUAACCUAAUAAUAAUGAUGAUAAUAAUAAUAAAUAAUAAUAGUAAUAAUAUUUUGUAUGAAAUUUUUCAUUAGUGUUGAUCCAGCAAAAUAAAAACCAAUAGUACUCACACUACGUUUCGCGAACGAUCCGUUCGCUUUUUCAAGUAGACUGGUGAUGUUAUUUCCAGUCUGGUCUGACGUCA